UUUUCUAGUUUUCUCUAUCUUCUACCAGGGAUUUCAUUUUUCUUUACGACUCAAAGAUGUAAUAUAAAUAUUUUUCUUUUCAUUGUAUUGACAACAUAAUAACAUGAUGAGGCUGGUAAGAAAAUGAUAAAAGAUCCCUUCUAAGUAGUUUUGAUCCAUUUAGAUUUGUUAAAGGUGAGAAGUCAAUGAGUUGUAUUUUAAUAAUCUUGGAAUUCUAAAUAGAUCUUGCUAUUUGAUUGGUCAUUUUGUUAUUCGCCUUUCGACUACUUCUUCAUCCUAUUACUUUAACCUGUCCCACAAAAAUAUGUCAAAAGGUAAGAGUAUGAUGAAGGAAUCCUAAUGAGUGGUCUCGGGAUGUAGUGGGAUGAAUGAGACUCUAAUUUGAGUUUGGUGAUUGAAUGCAAUGGUUCGCCUAGCGAGUUGUAGCUCGUUAGAUGUCAGUCCUAGCUUUAGAAUUUGGGGUUGUGGCAUGAUCACCACCAUAGUCAUUAGCUUAAUAGUUUAUAUGUAACUCAGCACUGUCAAUAAAAUUGUAGGACGACAUCAUCCAUAUUCACAAGCUAACAAUCUCCACAAGUUGUGCAUGUUGAUCUUAACUUGAACUAACUUCUUAUGCAUGUUGUGCUGAAUUUUAUGUGUGAUUAACAAUGGCAAUUCUGGUGUUAGAGACUAAUUGCACUAAAAUUACUAUUCGGACAAAGUAGUUUCUCUAUAUGUAUUUGAUGUUUUGACUUUGAUCAAUACCACGAUAGAACUUAAUGUAAUUAACUUUGGUCCUUUUUUAUGUACGUACUCUUUGUGCCAGAGAACUUGAUUACAAUCAUGGAAAGAGUAAAAGAAAAUGAACAAGUGAGAAAGGAAGAGGAAGCAAACAACUCAUCGGUGUCGUUUUCUGCUCUUCGUGAGGACGUUAUCAAUGUUCUGGAUUUCAUGGAGAGGUUAAAGAAUGAAGAGGAUCAAAAAACUGUUGAUGUGGAUCUUAUUGAAAAGCUGAAAUUAAAGCUGAAAUUUGUUUGUACAUAUGUCCAGCUUUCUUAUUCCGAUUUGGAUCAGUUUGAAUAUAUAAUGACUGCUUUAAGACACGAAGUUAAAGAUCUGCUUCGAUCACUUUUGGAUGAUGUUGACACCAACAUCGAGUGUAAAUACAACAUGAAUCAUGCCCUUCUUAGCUUCUCCAAUAAUAUGGAAGACUGUAUCAGCUCAUGUCAUCAUUCUAAAUCAAGUGCCACGAUGACUGACGAGCAGUUGAACUUCCUACUCCAGAAUCUCCAUUAUCUAUCCAUGUAUCUUGCUGAACAGAUUUUUCCAUUGGUGACUCAGUAUGAGAUUCUUCAGAAUUUAUGUGGAAAUGUAAGAGAUUUCCAUGGGUUGAUUUUGAAUGAUUACGUUGAGUGCGAGAUUGUCGCAUAUGUCUUACCCCAGCUUCAACAUAUGGCUGAAAAAGUUGGAAUCUUCCUCUGGGAUGAUCUAACUAGUAAAGACUCUAAAGUCUUCAAGCUAGCUCAGCUAUUCAUGAUGAUUACACCAAUUGAACUGGAGGUGAUGCAAAUAUGUUACACAAAUUUGAAAGCUACAACUUCAGCAGAAGUUGGAUGCUUCGUUAAGAAUCUCCUGGAAAUCUCUCCCGACAUUCUUAGAGAGUAUCUGGUUCAUCUACAAGAGCACAUUGUAAAUGCCAUUACCGCUACAACUCCAGGGGCUAGAAACAUUCAGGUCAUGAUAGAGUUCCUUUUAAUUAUUCUCAUGGAUAUGCCGAAGGACAUUAUUCAUCAUGACAAAUUGUUUGAUCUUUUGGCACGUGUUGGAGAACUCACCAGGGAGGUAUCAACUCUUGUUCGCGACUUAGAAGAAAAAUCAAGGAAUGAAGAGAGUAUCGAUGAAAAAAGUCCUGCAACUCGAGACUUGCUGGAAAAAAUUGAACUCCUCAGGGAAGAUCUCAAACAUGUUUAUCUGAAAGCCCCGGACCCAUGCCAAUGUUGCUUGCCCAUGAAUGAUGGACCUCUCUUCAUGCAUCUGCUACACAUACACUUGAAUGAUCUGCUAGAUUCCAAUGCUUAUUCAAUUGCAUUGAUAAAGGAAGAAAUUGGGUUGGUGAAAGAAGACUUAGAAUUCAUAAGAUCGUUCUUCACGAAUGCUGAGAAAGGAUUGUAUAAAGAUUUGUGGGCACGUGUUUUAGAUGUGGCAUAUGAGGCAAAAGAUGUUAUCGAUUCGAUUAUUGUUCGAGAUAAUGGUCUCUUACAUUUUAUUUUCUCACUUCCCAUCACCAUAAAAAAGAUCAAGCUUAUCAAAAAAGAAGUCUCAAAUAUAUCUGAGAAGAUUCCCAAGAAUAGGAGCCUCACUGUAGUACACUCUACCAAGAAGUCAGUUGAAAGCAAGUCAAUCACGGCUGGUAAAAUAAUUGUAGGUUUUGAGGAGGAGACAAACUGGUUAUUUAGUAAGCUCACCAGUGGACCGAAAGAACUAGAUGUCAUCUCAAUCACUGGUAUGCCGGGUUCGGGCAAAACUACUUUGGCGUACAAAGUAUACAAUGAUGAAUCAGUUUGUAGUCAUUUUGACCUUCGUGCAUGGUGCACAGUCGACCAAGAAUAUGACGAGAAGAAGUUGUUGAUGAAACUUUUUAAUCAAGUUGCUGGCUUGGAUUUAAAGUUUAGUGAGGAUAUAGAUGUUGCUGAUAAGCUACGGAAACAACUGUAUGGAAAGAGGUACCUAAUUGUGUUAGAUGAUGUGUGGGAUACUACUACAUGGGAUGAUUUAACAAGACCUUUCCCUGAUGUUGAGAAAGGCAGUAGAAUUAUUUUGACGACUCGGCAAAAGGAAGUGGCUUUUCAUGGAAAGGGCAACACUGAUCCUCUUAACCUUCGAUUGCUAAGACCAGAAGAAAGUUGGGAGUUAUUAGAAAAAAGGGCAUUUGGAGAACAGAGUUGCCCUGAUGAACUAUUGGAAGUCGGAAAAGAAAUAGCUCAAAAUUGUAAGGGACUUCCUUUGAUUGUUGAUCUGAUUGCUGGAGUCACUGCAGGUUUGGAAAAGAAAAAGGCUGUGUGGCUUGAAGUUCGAAAUAAUUUGAAUUCCUUUAUUUUGAACAGUGAAGUUGAUGUGAUGAAGGUUAUAGAAUUAAGUUAUGAACAUUUACCUCAUCACAUGAAGCCAUGCUUUCUCUACCUUGCAUCUUUUCCAAAGGACGCAAAAAUCAGCAGAGAUAGGUUGAAAAUGUUUUGGCGUGCUGAAGGGCUUGUUGAACAAACAGAGAUGAUGAGUUUGGAAGAAGUGAUGGAAAUUUAUUUGGACAAUUUAAUUUCCAGUAGCUUGGUAAUUGCAUCCAAUGAUAUAGGUGAUAUCCCGACUUGCCAACUUCAUGAUCUUGUACACGGCUUUUGUUUGAUAAAAGCAAGAGAGGAAAAGUUGUUUGGCCAAAUAAGUUCAAGUGAUCCAUCUUCUUCUUUUUCAGAUUUGAUGCCACGCAUAGUAAACAUUGUUUAUGAUAAGGAGCACUUUGGGCCUAACAAUUUCGUCCUGUUCAGUUCAAAAAUGGAAAGGCAUUCAGGUAAGCACCUCUGUUCUUUUGAGAUAACCGGAGACGAGAUGGAAGAUCAUCUUUCUGAUGCAUGUCACCUAAGAUACUUGAGGCUUCUUAGAGUGUUGAUCCUUUAUCCCUCUUUUAUGAUGGUGAAAGCUUCUUUGUUGAAUGAAAUAUGCAUGUUGAAUCAUUUGAGGUUCUUAAGAAUUGGGACAGAAGUUAACUCUCUGCCUUCAUCUUUCUCAAACCUCUGGAAUCUAGAAACCCUCAUGGUUGAAAACCAAGGAUCAACAUGGGUACUAUUACCGAGAAUUUGGGAUCUUGUAAAGUUGAGAGAGCUGUCCAUUGAUGCUUGUUCUUUCUUUGACUUGGAUACAAAUGAACCAAUACUGAUAGCAGAGGACUCAACAUUAGAGAACUUGAGAGUAUUAGGGAAACUAGUGAUUUCUUAUAAGAAAGAAACAGAGGAUAUUUUCAUAAGGUUCCCCAAUCUUCAAAGGCUUGUAUUUGAUCUCAAUGAAUCAUGGAAUUAUUCAACAGAACGAUAUUGGUUCCCCAUAUUGGAUUUCCUUCAUGAACUAGAACACCUCAGAGUAUAUUUUAAAAAUUCAAACACAAAUGAUAGUGGGCCCUCUUUAGCUACAAAUUGGUCGUGGAAUUUUCACUUCCCUUCCAAUUUGAAAACAUUGGUGUUGUUUGACUUUCCUCUGACGUCCGAUUCACUAUCAAUAAUAGCGAGACUACCCAACCUUGAAGAGUUUUUCCUUAUUAGAACAAUCUUCCAUGGGGGAGAAUGGAACAUGGGGGAGGAAGACACCUUUGAGAAUCUCAAAUAUUUGAAGUUGGAUGAAGUGACUCUUAGUAAGUGGGAGUUUGGAGAGGAAUCAUUUCCCUUGCUUGAGAAAUUAGUACUGUGGAAAUGUCAUAUGCUUGAGGAGAUUCCACCUAGUUUCGGCGAUAUUUGUUCAUUGAAAAUCAUCAAACUUCAAAAGAGCCCUCAACUUGAAGAUUCUGCUAAGAAGAUUAAACAAUACAUUAAAGAUAUGGGAGGGGAUGAGCUUCAGGUCCUGGGUCCGAAUAAUAUCCCGUUAUUCAAGUAGCUCUUAAGCACCACCAAAAAAGGUUCUUCCCUAUUCUUUUGCACUGUGUUUGAUGAAAGCUUAAGGUAUUUAGGAAAAUCUGCAUUGUGGGAUGACGUUGAUCAAUAUUUCUAUGACUUUUUAUGUUUCGUUCUUCAGUUUCUUGUAUUCUUACUUGUUCCACCUGAUAAAGUUAUAUGCAAAUUUUAUAUAUUAGAUCCUGAAAAGAUUGAAAGGAAGCGAGGGAUAAGUUACUUUGGAACAAUCAUGGAAUGAAGAAAAGAAAAUGAAGGAGACCGAGAGAAGGAGGAAACAAACAACUAAUUGGUCAUUUCCAAAUCUGUCAGAUAACUGAAUCGAAAAGGGAGGUGGAACUGAUCAAGAUACAGGAAACCAAUCAAGUAGAGGAAAACAGAAGUGCGACGAAUAGAGUAAAAAUGGAGGUAUCAUUUCCUUUCCUAUUUCCUUUGCUAAAUUUAUCUUCAGUAUCAUAAUGUGGACGAGUCUUGAUGUUGAAUAUAUAAUAUAGUGAGAGAAAUGUUAUAUAUGGUCAAUCCUUUAGUGCUUCUGAAGUACAAAUUUGACAAUGUGUAUUUACUUUGUAACUUAACAAUGGAAAAAGCUAUUUUGGUUGUUGUUGCAGUUAUCUCUACACAAGGAAAUAAUUAGCUGUUGCUCUUUCUCUGAUAGCUGUGAAACAACAGACAGGAAUCUCAUUAAAAAUCUAAUGCAGGAAGAUUCCUACAGGGAUGAAGAACCUGUUGCUCAGAAUUAUUCAAGUGGGAAUAUAUCAGUCUGGCAUCUUCCGAAAUAGUCCAAGAGGAAUCCACUAUCUGUUUUACGUCAAACAAUAGUAAUUUCUGAUACCAGUUUGUGUAGGGGUUGCUCCAAUAGACCUUUCUGUGAGGCUAGUAGCCAAGAAGAGUGCAACUUCCACAAUAACCACGUGAAACUCAAGGUGGGCUUGAUAAUUAACUAAUCUUCGAGGCAAGUUUGUUGUGCCUCACACUGCGAGUUUGCUGCCACCGAACGCCGGUGACUUCAACUGUAAGUCUCUCUUUGAAACAUACAUGGGAUUGCUGAUUCUCUGAUAUGAUGAGCAAGAAGGAAGUCAAACAAAAGGUUGUCUAUCUCUUUGAAACAUACAUGGGAUUGUGGCUAUCUCAUCACAAACAAUGUGAAACCUCUUCAGGUAAUUGGUGCAUAUUUCCCUCCUAUUUCUAAGAAAAAGAAUUUUAUCAAUAGAUUGCACUGGGUAAACGGCUAUCGCCUCCUUCAUUGAUAGAUUGCAAUUUGAAUAUCUUCUACAGACUGAAUAUCACUAUCGGCCUGAUGAGCACGCAUCUCCUGUUCGGUUGUCAAGAAUCCUCAAGGCCUCCAUUGUUUAUUCACACAAUUUGAUGCCAAAGUUGAUGCCACAAGGCCAUUAUUAGAAGUGGCACCUUUAUGUCCAUCAGAUAUAGGAUUGAUGAGCUUAACAAAGAGAAGUUUGUUAUCUACGUGGCUCAACCUUAUAUAAAAAUAGGCGGCCGUCUUAGGCCCCCAAAUUUGAGGCGCCUCAUUUUUUUACUGGCCACGAAUAUGGUUGAGCCGCCCCUGCUACCUGCUACUCAAUUAGAAAUGAAGCAACUUUUACUUAGAUACACACCAUGAAAAUGAAGAAUCUGUUGCUCGGAGUUAUUCAAGUGGUUAGAUAUAUCACCCUGGCAUCUGCCUAAUCACCCAAGAGGAACCCAGUAUCCGUUUAUGUCGAAUAAUAUGUGGAGGAAUUCUUGAUAUACAAAUAAAAGCAUUGUCGGGAUAUCGUAAGCUUGAGGAGAUUCCACCUAAUUUUGGGGAUAUUGAUUCAUUAAAAAUUAUCGAACUCUUUAAGAGCUCUCAUGUAACACCCCGUAUUAUUCUUGGCUUGAUUCAGCUCUUGGUUGCUUGCAUGGGGAGUUUAAGGCAUGAAAAUUUCUCUAGGUGUUGGGGACUUAGUUAUAUUUAAAGCCUCUUAACUUCGAGGAUUUUUAUCUUGGUCUUCCCGACCCCGAGGCAUUGGUUUUUGGGUUAAUUCAUGUUUAGGGAAGUAGGUAGUAUGUCUCGUGGGAGUUUCGGAUUUUUUGAUCGAGGAUCGGGUCACUUUUAGAUCACGAUUCUAGAAACUCACCGUGAUAGUGCCGCAUCCGGUGCUAAUAGCAAUGAGCUUGUAAACCGCACCCCAGUUACAAAUUUAAUUUCCUGAGGGGCAAUUGUGUCUUUUUCUUUCAACCCAAUUCGUUAAAUCACGAUUAAUAUCAUCAGUUAGGGCAUAAAUUGCCCAUCUUCACAAUUAAAUCUCAAGAAAAAACCCUCCACUCUUUCCCAAGAACAAAAAAAUUCAAUCCUUUCCCCCAAGUAAUCUAGAAUUCAAGCCUUUCAAGUUCAAGAACCUUCAAGAAAAUAUCGAAUAACAUUUUUCCUUUCAAGUUAAAAGCUUAAGGUAUGUGGGGCUAUCCUAAAUCUCAUGGGCAUAGGUUUUAUGAUUUUUACAAGAUUAAAAAUUAUAUAUGUAUAUAUGUGUAAUGAGUUUAGAGAAAUUAUUUUAAGAGCGUGCAUCAUGAACCCAAUUCGAUGAAAGUAUGUAUUUGUCAUGGGGUUUUUCCAUAAGAUUUAUUUAUAAUCUUGUGCAUAUGUGAAUAGAGUUCGAAAAGCGAUUUAUGAAUGUGAGUUGUGAAAUUUUCUUCCUCAUGAUGAAAUUUAUGGACUUUGCAUGGUAUGAAUUGUGAAUUGUUUUCGAGAGCAUGAAUUAAAAUCCCCUGUUAAAUCAUCAGAUUUAUGUAUAACUAAAUGUUGGGGCUACUUUACGAAUGAUUAUAUUUCUCGAGUUAUAAGUGCCUCUUUAUCAGUUAUGCUUUGUUAUUCUACAUGUUUUCAAAGAGGUGAUUCUUAUUCCAAAGGCUCUUGUGUCUUAAUGAAGAAAUUGCAUGUGUUUUAUGUAAGAAUUGGCCCUCACAUAUUAAAUUAUUGAAAGGAGAGUGUUUUGUAUAAAUUUCAUGUGCUAUGUGAAAUAGAAAUUCUGAUGUGAUGUUUAAAUCUUUUGGGUGGUCAUAAAUGUGUGUUUGAAUGAAAAGGGAUAUGAUUAUGACAUGACAUGAUAUGAUUGCAAGUCUAGGUAUGAUGAUAACUAUCACGAGAUGCCCUUAACAUGAAAGAGAUGAAAGUUUUAAAAUCAUGAAGCAUGGUUUUAAAGGACUAAAAUUGGGCUUAAAGAAAGCUAGUUGGUUACCCGAAGAAGGCUUGAGUUCAGAUAACUCAUUGUCUGAAAUCGUAUUUUGCCGAUACGGGUUUUAUGUGCUAUUCGGCAAGUGGGAUAUCAUGGUAUGUCGGCAAGUUGGGCAUACCUUUUCAUGUUACUCUAAUCCUUGCGGCAAACUCAGAUUGGGGGCUUGGUCGCCUUGUCAAGGGCGUACCCAAUAGCCCGUAGGUAUUCAUGUUUUGUAGGGUGUACUAUUUAGCCUAGAAGUAAUAUAAAGAGUUGAGUUAUGAUUACAAGAAAGUGUGUUGAAGCAUAUCAAAUUAUGCCCAUGUAUUUUCAAAUGUUUUAUGAUGACAUAUUUUUAUGAACUGCUCUCACUUAUGUGGUAUAAAAUAUUUUAUUUUUGGAUUAUUCUACGUACCAGUACCUUUGUGUAUUGAUCCCUUAUAUUUCAAGUUAUAUGGUAUAGUCUCAUGGUCCAUCACAUUAGUAGAACGAUUGGGUUACGACAGAAAUGGGUGAGUCAUCCAUCUUUCGGGAGGCAUUCACAUAUAUGUUGAGUCUUUCAGUAUAUGGUCCAGUCGCGGGCUUUGUCCUGGUUUAGAUAGUUAGUUUUCAUUAGAGGCUUCGUAGAUGAGAGUUGAGUAUAGUAUUGUCAUAAUUUUCUUGACACAGUUGGAAUUAUAAUGAAUCUCCAUUGAAUAUUAUUAUAUCUUCCGCACUUGGAUUUAUGUAUAGAUUAUGCUUAUGAUUACAUGCUAAGGGGUCUCUCGGGCAUUCAUAGUUCGGGAAGCCCAUCGAGGCCAUGGCCUUGGCUCGGGUCGUGACACCUCAACUUAAAGAUUAAGCCCUGAAGAUUAAACAAUAUGUUGAAGAUAUCACGGGAGGAGACAAGCUUUAGAUUCUUGGCCCGAAUAAUAUACCUUUAUCUAAGACGAGUUCUUCUCUAAUUUUUUGCUGCUUAGAAACCAAAUUUAUGUGUGUUUUUUAUGAUGUAUUGGGUGAAAUUCUCAACUGAACUUUUUAUGAACAUUUUGGGAUAUUGUUUUUGUAACACCCUGCUUUCGAGCUAGAAAUCGACCUGUCGUUUCUACGGGUGUAAACUCUAAUUCCAUUGUUUAUAUUUAAAUUCAUGUGUCAUGAUCUUUCUCCUGGUGUAUGAAGUAUUAUGAAGUGAAAAACAUUCAUAGAAAUCACUUAGAGCAAAGUUGAGCUAAGAACCUUUCAUUCGUCCAAAGUUUGAUAUUCGAUUCUACAAGGGUCCACUUUGAACAUGUAUAACUUUGGAUACACGUAGAAUUUUGCAACUCAAGACCCACCAAAUUGUAGAUAAUUGAGUUAGCUUUCCAACGAUACCAAUUUCGCCUGAUUCGAUACCCGAGUAAUAAAUUAUGGCAUUUUUCGUGAGAGGCAGUAAGCCAAUGCGAUUAGGACGCGAUGCAUCGGUCACUCGAUACGAUAAGCGAUGCAAUAAGUUGAUAUCCCCAACGCAAUGCCUGACGCGACCCAAAGCUAUUUCAUAUUCUAUUUUAAGUCCUUAAGGUUCGAAGGGAACUUUGGUCAUAUUCCCUCACCCAAAUUCACCCAUAACACAAAAUUU